AUGGCAUCUAGGACUAACUUGUCAAAUCCCCUGGUGCUUCAUGGUCAGCAUUUUGGGCAGACUGUAUUUGCGCUGUGCAAUUAUCCUUCUCUCCUGACUGGAGGCAUACUCCGGCUAGAAGAAUUACUAGACUCUCCCAUAGAUGAUUACCCAGCAGACAUUCAGCGGGAACACAGGGUAUUCUUGGAACUUAUAGACUCCUACCCUGGUCUUUUAGAGUGUCUGAUGGCUGGCGAGGAGGAGGAUGUCAUUCACGUUGGAGAAUUGAUGGGCAAAGGAGCAUCUAGUGCGUGGGGCAACAACACCAAAACCCUCAAGUCUGCCAUACUUGAAUGGCUUGUGCCAAGAGGACAGCCCCUCAUACCACCCCUCUCUCGAAACAUCAAGUCCGACCGUGGGUUAAACCAUGAAGUGACCGGUGCCUUACUCUGCCCUGCAGGACUUGAUUGGUCAAAUCCAGAGACCAAACAGAGUCUUAAAAGCGGCAAAACAGUGGUCCAUGGUGACCAGUGGCCUAUGUUUUUAUAUUUUGGGUAUAUUUAUGAUCCCGAAGCUCCAUGGCAGGGUUUAUUGAGGAGCAAGAUGCUUGGUUUCAAACACAUUUUUACAUCUCCAAGCUCUGUGGAGAAGGAGCCAAAAGCCACGUGCUCUGGUAAUGUGUACCUCCAUGGCAUGAAGUCUGUUACAAAAGGUUCUCUGGCCUACAUUGUGACACAGGUUCAGUUUGCAUUGAGCUCCUCAUCUGUAUUUUCACACACGGACACUGUGACAGACUCAGAAAAUUUUUAUCAUAGUAUUCUUGACCUCUUGGAGGACCCUGAUGAAAUUGAGGAAGUAACUGACCUGAUGACGUGGUGGACACAUCGCAUUUUUCCCAAUUCCUCCUCUUCAGAGCGGAGUAUCAGCAAAAAUAGCAUGCUAUUCAAAAUUCAGGAAAAACGCGCUGCCCUUCGUGCAUGGGCUGAUGCUAACACUGAUUGA